AUGGCGGAUCAAACCGAACGUUCGUACCAGAAGCAGCCAACCAUCUUCCAGAACACCAAAUGGCAAACCCUUGGUGUUGGAAAGAAAUCCAAGAAGAGCGACCGUUACUACAAGAGCAUCGGAUUGGGCUUCAAAACCCCAAAGGAAGUAAGUUAUCAUGUUUUGUUUCAUUUCUGUUGGUUUAGGCUAUUGAAGGAACAUAUAUCGACAAGAAGUGCCCCUUCACCUCUAACGUCUCGAUCCGUGGAUGUAUCCUCAGUGGAGUUGUUACCAAGAACAAGAUGCAGAGAACCAUCGUUGUCAGACGGGACUUCUUGCACUUCGUCCCCAAAUACCGUCGUUACGAAAGAAGACACAGAAACAUCUCGGUUCACUGCUCUCCAGCUUUCCGGUAAUUUUUAUAUUAAAUUUUUGUGAAACUUGGUUUAAAAUGUUGAUUUUUGGAAAAUUUUAAAGCUUUUUAACUUUAUUUUUGAGAAUUUUUAAAUUUAGUCGAAGUAUAUUUAGCGAAUUAUCUUUAAUCUUACUUGCAAUAGUACUAUGUCGUCCCAAUCCUUACUAAUUAAUAGACAAUUUAAUUAGUCGGCAAUCUAAAAUGGGGAUUUAAAGCUUUUUUGUACCACAAAACAACAUUUUCUAACGUCAUUUGUUUCAGUGUGAACGUUGGUGAUGUUGUUAUCAUUGGAGAAUGCCGAAAGCUAUCCAAGACUGUGCGCUUCAACGUGUUGAAGGUUCUGGGCAAAACUGGUGCCAAGAAAGGAUUCGAGAAGUUCUAA